CGCACUACAUCCACCACUGCUAAUUGAAACUAUGGGAUCCAUCAUCGACGCCGAACAAGCCAGGAAAUUGUCGCUUUUCCGACCUCUUGGUUACCAGCGCAACUCAUGUGGCUACUGUAAAUCCGACAAUGGAAGCGCCUCGUACUAUACUAGCUCUGUAUCAGUACGCCCCGGCCAUUAUGAGGAGCUCGUCAACCGUGGGUGGAGACGAUCAGGGACGCUAUACUACAAGCAGAACCUGCAGAGAUCAUGUUGUCCGCACUAUACGAUGAGGCUUGAGGCAACGGCCUUCAAGUCAAGGAAGGACCAACGCAAAGCGAUCAAUCGCUGGAAUAAGUUCGUAUUGGGACCGGAAUACAUCCGAAGGGCAGCUUACCUGUGCCCUAAAACCCGGGAAGAAAAGAGACACCGGAAAUGCAAUUUCGACCUACUCACUGCUGUUCACGAGGCUGAGUACAGCAAUGUGAAGAGGCCCAUUGAUCCCAAGACCAAGAAAUACUUGGAACCUGCUCAUCGAUUUGAGGUCAACUUAGAAGGGGAUUCUGUAUCUCAGGCAAAAUACGAGCUCUUCCUCAAAUACCAGACCAAGGUCCACAAGGAGGACGUCUCCACGUGGCAGCAGAAGGACUUCAAACGGUUCCUCUGUUCGGGCCUGAAGCGUUCCCCGGCUGAUCCCAAGUCUACUGAGAAGAAAUUAGGGUCAUGGCACCAGUGCUACCGCCUGGAUGGGAAGCUCAUAGCUGUUGCGGUCUUGGACCUGAUGCCCAGUGGCGUGAGCUCUGUAUAUAUCUUCUAUGAUCCUGACUACGAACAAUGGGAGUUCGGGAAACUCAGCGCCCUAAGGGAGAUUGCCCUCUCGAUUGAAGAUAGUUACCAGUAUUACUACAUGGGCUAUUAUAUCCACUCCUGCCAGAAAAUGCGUUACAAGGGAUCCUUCAAGCCGCAGUAUAUCCUCGACCCCGAAAGCUACACAUGGGAUCCCCUUGAUGGCGAGCUGGCAAAGAAGCUAGACGAACGUCCAUACGUAUCACUCUCGCGAGACCGCUGUCGUCCCGCCGAAGGCACAUCAGAGUCCACCGGGACAGAGGCCGACGCCGAAAUCAACGACGAUGAGGUAUCUCUCUUCGACCUGCACAUGCCCGGUGUCCUGUCUCUGAAAGAAGUGAAGGCCUUGGAUCUGGACCACUGGCUGCUCCUCGUCCAUGGUAGUUUUGUGCAUAUGAAUGACCUUGUGGGAUGGGAGACGAUGCCUAUGGAUAAUCCCCAGUCUGUUAAAGGGAUUAUUGCUGAGCUUGCCGCGGUGUUGGGUCCGGAAAUUGUCAAGCAGAGUGCUGUCGUACUGUUCGACUAAUAGCGCCUUUAGAUAUUACUUUUACCUAUGCAUAUAGAAAGGAUCACAUGAGAAAGAUGUGUG